CAGGAAUGGCGGCGGUCACGGUAAACAGUGCCAAGCGGGGCCUGCGGGCCGAGCUGAAGCAGCGCUUGAGGGCCUUGAGCGCGGAGGAACGGCUGCGCCAGUCUCUCCUCCUCACGCAGAAGGUGAUUGCCCACAAUCAGUAUCAGAAUUCCAAAAGAAUUUCCAUCUUUCUAAGCAUGCAAGAUGAAGUUGAGACGGAAGUAAUCAUCAAGGACAUUUUCAAACAAGGCAAAAUCUGCUUCAUCCCUCGGUACCAAUUCCAGAGCAAUCACAUGGACAUGGUGAGGUUAACGUCAUCUGAAGAAAUUGCUUUACUUCCCAAGACAUCUUGGAAUAUUCAUCAGCCUGGUGAGGGAGAUGUUCGGGAGGAGGCCUUAUCCACUGGUGGACUUGACCUCAUCUUCCUUCCUGGCCUCGGGUUUGACAAAGAUGGCAACCGGCUGGGGCGGGGUAAGGGGUACUAUGACACCUACCUGAAGCGCUGUGUACAGCAUCAGGAAGUGAAGCCCUACACCAUGGCUUUGGCUUUUAAAGAGCAGAUCUGUCCCCAGAUCCCAGUGGAUGAGCAUGACAUGAAGGUAGAUGAAGUCCUUUAUGAAGAUUCCCCAGCAUCCUAAGUUACACCACGACGGCUACACUUACUGCUCUGUCCCGGUGUAAAGAACAUAUGUAUAUUUUUCUCUUGUCAAAAUGAAUCAAAAUGGCACAUUAAAGUGAAUAUGGGUUGUGAUUUUAAGUAUAAAAAUAAAAUAAUAUAAAAUCCUAUUU